CAGAAAAAGACUAAAAUAAGCAAUAAGACUGAUAGAACUCGUCGUACAUUUCACAAGAUUGACCGACGAUGCUAUCCAUUCAUAUAUAAUUUUAUGUGAUUUCGCCAGCGAGGCCUUUCUUUCACGUUUAAGUCCACUGUUGAUGAAUCAAAAGAAAAAAAAUCCCAAAAAUAAAAAAAGUAACAAUUAGGAUAUCAAAAAAUGGGGUUUACCUCGAAUACUGCCUAUGCCUGUCCAUUUUUAUUGGGAAAGUAUAAUAUCCUCUAUAAUAUGAUAUAUUUGGUUUGAUCAACCAGUUGUGAAGAGUAUUGCAAGAGGACGUUUGUUUUUCUUUUUUCUAUCCAUUUCUCUUUCUUUUAUACUUAUGUUAUCGCAUUAGUGUGCAUUUUCCUUGGCAACUCUUAUUAUUUCAAUCAAAUCAACGCAAGGCGUCAUAUUGUGGAGUACCCCACAAUGAUCAGCGCUUAAGGACAAAUAACAUUCCAACGUUAUCAUCGUAGCUUUGUUUUAACGCAUUACGAUCGAUAUGCUUAUGCCAAUUGUGCUUGCCACGACAAUAUCAGAUAAACUUUUCACCACCAACCCUCCAAAAUUUUCGAGCGUAAACUGCGUAUUUUUUGAAAAGAAAAAAAAAAAGACUUUCUUUAUUUCGAAAAGAAUCGGUGGAUUUAAAUCGAAGCCACUAGUUUUGAAACCCCUAUUUCUUCUGGCUAGUCCCAUCGGUCAAAGUUUCAAUAGUCUUACAUAAAGAAAAGUAAAAAAUCGAAGUAUUACUAAUAAGAAGAUAUUGAAUAAAUCGUUUUCUAUCAAGGUUCUGGUGAGUUUUUAAUCUUUCUCUUUAUUUUUAUCAUCAGUCGAGUGUGGUCGUGCUUUAUGCUCAAUAAAGGGAUUUGAAAAGAAACGAGGUAUUGAUUACGGAAGUUGGCUUUUUGAAUCAAACUUGCUGGGGUUUUUUUGACAUAGCCAAUCUUUUCUAGAUACUUGUCUGCAGAUUCGAUUUCGUCGUUACGCAAAUUUUUCCUAAGUUUUCAUUCUUCCUUCAUUUUGUAUGGAAAACAACUUCAAUGCUAAUGAAUUCCGGUUUCUGGAAUCUCAGAAUUCCUUAGAGAAAUCCCAUCCACCUCACAAUUCCUUAUGUACGAAUGACUUCGACGAGCAAUUCUAUUGGGUCAACCAGCAUAUGAGGCAUCUUUGGACUCAUUCUAACACUCCCAUUUCUGCCUCUGCUACUACCUCAGCAACAGACACACCUUAUGGUACUUUUCAACAUUCUUUCCAUCCAUUGAACGGUACCAUUAGCGAUAAUUCUAUUACUAAGAAUCCCGUAUCUCCACAUUUCAAUCCUUUGCCUCCUGGCACUGGCAUCCUUGAAAACCUUCCUUCAUCUGAGCCUCGACCUUUGCCUAGUAUAGCUUCUGCACAUCAUGCAAACGGCCAUCCCUUGUCUACAUCUAUAAGUGCCGUUGAUUCAUUAACUUAUUCGGAUGACCCAUCAUUUGCUCCCAAAAACCUACCUGUCCCUACGGAACAUUCCAAUCACCAUUCAAUGUUCUCAUGUCCUCCACCGGCAAACAAUAUAAUAGGCGAACGAUUAGAAAGCGGCAAUCCAGUUCCGCAAUAUGAUCAGCACUUAGAUCAAUCUUUAUUGCAAGAUUCAGCUCCAUUAUACCGUGUUUGCUCAGCGCCUGAUCCACCUACUGUUUCGAGACCAUCAGUACGAUGUUUAAGCAUCGAGAACCAGUCUUCUUCAACUGCCGAUACAUCUCCUGAUUUUUCAAGCUUAAAAGCGCCUUCAGCUAUUUCAGGUUUGGGAGCUUUUGAAAAAGUUAAAGAAAAGCUGGGUGAAGUAAAGAAAAAGCGUCAGCAAACAAAACAUGCUUGUGCCAAAUGUCAGCGUGAUAACAAAAAAUGUGAUGAGUCCCGUCCUUGCGUGCGCUGUCGAAAAACACAAUGUGAAGAUCAGUGUAUAGACAUUCCUCGCAAAAAACGUCCCUUAGGAAUGAAACGAGGUCCUUAUAAAAAAGGAGGAAGUUCAAUGGCCUCUACACGACGGUCUGACCAAGAAAAUUAUUCUUUAGCCCAGAAGAAAAAGACUACUAGAGUGGAUGAUACGCUUGAGUCGUUAACCAUCAAAUCUUCCCAGACAAACCCAAGCAACAACGAAUCAUCUCAGACAAAUGUUUUACAAGACGUUCCUUUACUUGAUCCUGCCGAAGAAACUGCCUGGCGAAAAUCGAGAGUACGUAGCUAUACAAAUCCAAUCGGUACUGCUGAAAAUUUGCAUUUUCAGUUGCCUGAAAAUCUUCCACUUUACCCGAAAAAUUCUCCGUCCGUCGCUGAAAGCGAUUCAUCCAAAAUCCAUCCUGUGCACCCUAAACUUCCAAUGCCGACAGAUUUCUCGGCCUAUUCCAUGCAUAGUUUCCCUGAUCAGUCUGUGGAUUCGACAAUUGGUAGAACCGAUGAGUAUGUGACUCAUCCAUGGUCAGUACAUGACCCAUCCGUAGUUCCACCUCAUAUAGCACCUCAUAUAGGAUAUGAACAUCCCCCGGAAGUAAAAAUGGAAGACGGGAGUGCCUCGGUAACGGAUGGUCCACAAACCGGUAAUGAUCCAUUGCAUCCUUCCUACCACAUGGGCUAUGAAAUAAGACAUAUUCCCGAGGCCGAACAGUAUCCCAGUACCCACCCUAUGUUUGAUGGAAUGAGCCAUUUGGAACAUACUGUGUCGAACGACUCGAGCUAUUCACCUCAUGAUACGAAUUUUGCUUCUCCAUUAAAAAUGGAAGGACAGAACGCAUUACCCGAAACUCAUUAUCCCUUUCUUCGUGGAAGAAUACACUCAUUUUCGAUAGCGGCUGAUUCACCUCAUCAUUUGGUAGAGCGUCCUUGUCUUCAUUGCCUCGCUGUGGCCGAUAACCCUAACGAGCAUGCAAACUUGGCGGAUCUUCGUGAAAGACAGCAGCGCGAGUUGGAGUUUACCUCUAUGUUAUUGUUCCAUGAUCACCCUUCCUACCACGCUAGGCCCGAUCUGAAUUUUCACGAAGUCCUGCAUCCUGAACAUUUUGCAUACCCGAAUAUCCAUCACGACAAUAGCGACAACUAUGACUAUUUACACCCACACUAAUACUUUUAUAAUUCUGGAUGCUAAAUGCUCUUUAGUUUUUUGUACCUUUGCUUCUUAAAAAUUUUUUUGUUUGCUUGCAAAACUGUGCUGAUUAUACGAGCUAUCAUUGAUGUUGCAUUCGAUCAUUUUGGCUUUCUAUAUCCGCUGCUUUUGCUACGGAUAGGCUGUAAAUUUGUAUAAGUCAUAUGGUGCAUUCAUGGGUCAUCGAAUGUAUUUGCAUAUGCUUAGAAAAGUGUAUGGUUUAAAAGCAUAUUUAUUCACUCUUUUAAUUGAAACGGAAACUGUUAAUUUAUUUUAUUAUGUUCUUUUUUCCUGAAUACUUAUAUCUCGUUAUUUACAUUUUUAUAAUUGCAUUGCAUGACUUGACUCCCUUGGGUUAUUAAAUUUAAGGUUUUUUAAAAUGUGUCUUUCGUUUGGAGUUUUUGUGUUCUAUUUUAUUUAAUGAAUUUCUUUCUUAAUAUAUACCUUGGCA